AUGGGGCUCGGAUGCGUCGCCGUCGUGUGCACCGAGCUGAGAGAGCUCUUGCUCAAGUGGUGCGUUGGGGUCUCGGAUCUGGGGAUCCAGCUCCUCGCGCUCAAGUGCAGGAAGCUGACCAGCCUGGAUCUCUCCUACACCAUGUAUGAGUUGCUUGAUGAGAUGAUGGAUUUUGGUCACCCACAAUACAUGGAGGCUAAGAUCUUGAGUGAGUUCAUCAAGACAGAUGCAUACAAGAUGGAGGUCACGUAG